AUGGAUCAUCAACACACAUUACAACUGAAUGGUUCAGGAGCACCUUCAUACACAUGCAGUGGUUAUAAAGAGAUAGGUUUUGGAUCACGUUACAACUGUGCGAACACCAAUUGCAACUACAUCCUCCAUAAAGAAUGUGCAGAACCUGUUAAGCAUGCAGUUCAACCAUUUUUCAAAAAUUGUAAAUUUGAAUUCUGUGAGAAAGCAGAAGAGGGUGUAUUCUGUGAUGCUUGUGGAAAAGAUUUGUUAGGUUUUUUCUACUGUUCCAAAAAACAAGGUUUUCUCUCCCUAUUUUCCAGAACAGGAUAUUCUCUACAUCCUUGUUGUUUGAACAUGAAAGAAAACAUUUCAGAUGAUGAUGGAAAAUUUAUAAUGACUUUGUCUCAUGAAGUUCCAUUAGAUUGUAUCCGUUGUAAGCAAAGGCAUGUUGGGAAGAACAGUUUUGAAGGUUGGUCAUAUGUAGUUAACUCUGAUGGAAAGUCUUGUGUUCAUGUGUCGUGUUUCAAGGAUAUGAUUCUUCAGAAUUUGAAUAAUAGGUCAAAAGGGAGAAUGCGUUCGUUCAUAAAUUUUACCGGCAACUUGGCGCUGAAAGUGUUGGAAAAAACCAGAAAUGGAGUGGUUAAAAACAAUGUGUUUGGGAAAGAUGAAGAUGAUAAUGUGAAUAGAUAG